AUGAUUUCACAAGACCUCGGAGAAACUCGACCCAAAACUAAUGUUAGAUUGAAUAUUUCAGCAAAGUAAGUUAUUUGUUUUGUUUAUAGAACGUUUUUUGAGAAAAAAUGAAUUUUUCCAGUAACCUCAAAGAUUUGGAUGUUUUCACUAAAAGUGACCCAAUUUGCGUGGUUUUUGAGAAAAUCGGUGGAGCAAAAGGAAGUGCCAAAAUUACCCAGAAAACGUGGAAAGACCACAAUUGGAUUGAAAAAGGUCGAACUGAGAUGAUAAAAAAUGAUUUGAAUCCGAGUUUUAUGAAGACUAUUCAAAUCCCUUAUUUUUUCGAGGAAAAUCAGUUGCUCAGAUUUGAAUUGUGAGUGUUUUUUCAAAUAAAAAAUAGUUUUUUGUAUUUUAGUUUAUGUUUUGAUCCCCAAAACCGGUUUUAUCUAAACCCCAUCAAAUAGUCUAGUUUUCAAACCAAAUUUUUAUCAGAUUCGACGUAGACGACGAGAAAAACGUGUCAAAUUUCGAAUCGCACGAUUUUCUGGGUCGUUUCGAGUGUACUUUGGCUGAAAUUGUCAGCUAUUCGAAUCUCAAAGCACAUUUAGGAAAAGAGGAUGAAAUUGGAAGAAGAUGGAGAAGUGGGUAGGUUUUUUGUGUUUAUUUGUUUUGUUUUGGCCAGAAGACUGGAAAUAUAUAUGAAAAAAGGAAUUUUGAACGAAGAUAAUGAUUUAUUCUGGACUUUAGAAGGUUAUAACGAGCUUUCAAGCUGAAUUUCAUGAAAAUCUAAUAGCAUAGCCUUGUUCAGGAAGCCAGAUUACAUAAGUUCAGCAAACUUAUGUAAUCUACCCUCCUGAACACAGCUAUGCUAUUAGAUUUUCAUGAAAAUCGUCUUGGAAGCUGGUUACAACUUUCUAAAGUUCCAAUUUCUCUUUCUUAACAUUGUUAGUAGUUGAGUUCUGUAGUUUUUAACAAUUUUUUCAAAACUCCCCUUCUAAAUCCUAUUUUUACAGAGACAAAGCCUCCAAAAACGGUUCAAUAACAAUUCGAGCCGAAGAAGAUGAAAAAUGCGAAACGUUCAAAUUCAAAAUCAGUGGAGUGUCGUUGGAUAAAAAAGACUUUUUCGGCAAAUCCGAUCCAUAUCUUUUGUUUCGCCGCAAAUUCGAAGAUGGAAACUGGCGAACUGUACAUAAAACCGAAAUUCGAAAAAAUACGCUGAAUCCAGAUUGGACGCCGAUUUCAUUGAAUUUGAAAUCGUUGUGUGGAGGGGAUUUGAAUCAGCCGAUAACUAUUGAAUGUUUUGAUUGGGAUAGCUGGAAAAAGUUGGUUUUUUUGUAUAGAGAAUAUAUAAAUAAAUAGUUUUCAAAAUUCAAAUUCCAGGGACGAUUUAAUCGGAAUUUGUCAAUUCACGAUCAAUCAACUUAUAACUGAAAAUCCUGAUCUGGAACUGAUAAACGAGAGAAAGAAGUCAAAAAGAUCUUACAAGAACUCAGGGAUUCUAAAAUUCAUCAACCCUCAAAUAAUAAUCGAACCUACAUUUUUGGAUUAUCUCGCUGGAGGAACACAACUCGAUUUUGCAGUUGCUGUAGAUUUCACCGCCUCAAAUGGUCAAAUCUCACUUCCAUCGUCUCUUCAUUAUGUUUCAAAUGAGAAACCGAAUCAAUACGAAAUCGCGCUGCUUUCCUGUCUCCAAAUCUGUCAACAUUAUAAUUCCCGCAAAACUUUUGAUGCUUUUGGUUUUGGCGCGAAGAUCUCCCCAAAUCCUCAAGUUCAGAAUGUUUUUCAUUUGAAUCUCAACCCAGAUAAUCCAGAAGUUUCUGGAAUUCGUGGAGUUUUGACAGCUUAUCGGCAAGCUCUUCAUCGUGUUCAAUUAUACGGACCAACGAAUUUUGCCCCAAUUAUUGAUCGAAUUGCACAAAAAGCUGCUGAAAUGUUGGUGGAGGAUUCGAGAAGAUAUCAGAUUUUGUUGAUUAUUACUGAUGGAAUUAUUUCGGAUAUGAUGAAUACUAUUAAAACUAUUAUUAAUGUGAGUUUUUUUUUUAAUUGAGGAAGUUUUUGGGUUCAAAAUUCGUACGAGAAAUACGGGAUUGCCACUUGGCAUUUUUCAACAAAAACCGAAAUUUUGAUUUUCGUUGAAUUUUUUUCAACAAAAACCGAAAUUUUGAUUUUCGUUCAUGAUUUUUAAAAUUUCUGAAGAAAAUUGACAAAAAUGGUUUAAAAAAUGUGCGAAAAAAUUUCUAGAAUCAAGAUAUUGAUUUUCUAGGCAACCAAAACCAAAUUUUCUGGUUUCUAGGCCAUCUGGACAAUUUCUAGGCCACCCAACCCAACUUUUUUGCAGGCGUCUGGUCUCCCGCUGUCAAUUAUAAUAAUCGGUGUUGGAAACGAGGAUUUCGAUAAAAUGCACGAAUUGGACAGCGAUAAUCGAUUAUUAGAACAAGAUUCAAGAAUUGCACAAAGAGACAUUGUUCAGGUACUGUAUUCUACUGAAAUUAGCCUAACUCAUCAUCAUUUGCAGUUCGUCACUCUUCGUCAAUUCCUGAACAACGGCCAAGGCCAAUGGCUGGACCCCGACAUUGUGAUGCGCAAUUUGGCUCGCGAGGUUCUUCAAGAAAUCCCCGAGCAACUUGUUGGCUAUAUGAAAAUGCGCGGGAUUUCACCGCGAGACCCGUCGACACCGUGGCAACGACAAUCACCGCCGCCCGAAUAUGAUCCACAUUUGGAUCAGGUUUCGAGUUCGACGAUAUCUCCGAGAAAUGUUAAUAUUGGAUUUGUUGUUGGCUAA